CUUCCCGCGCUUUCACAAAACCCCGAAGAAAGAAACCAGGAAAUGGACACUCCGUGGGAAGAGGCACUAGACCUAAAAGACUCGUCAAACUCAGACUCAGACCUCCCUCCUCUCCGCCCUCUCAAACGCCAUCAGAAUUUCACUCCCUCCACCGCCACUACCGGUGGAAGUGGUGGACCUAACCACGCUCUCUCCCAACCAUUUCUUGGCCGCUGCUCUCAGAACACCCAAAACAACCCACCACCACCAACAACCACUUACUCCAAAAUCCCGGGCCCUGCUGGAAACGUACAAGCUGCCAUGCACCGCCGCAAGAGUCAAAUUAAUGAACAUCUGAUGGAAGAAGAAGAACCAAUCCCUACCCAAGAGUACAUUAGAAGGGCUGUGGAGGAUAGUGGUUGUGCUGAAGAUGAUGAUUUUACGCAUGAUCCUUGGCUCUCUGCCGUUGAUUUUGUUCGUCAUCAAGGUUUGGUGGUGGAUGGUGAUGGUGCAAUUGGGAUCCCUUUGAGUGUGAUAAGGAGAUGGGCUAGUUUUGAUAGAGUGGCUCAGGUUGUUGCCAUUGUUAAAUCAUGUAGACCAAAUGGCCUUGGUGAUUUGAUGGUGACUCUAAAGGAUCCCACGGGUACAAUUGAUGCUAGCAUUCAUCACAAAGUCCUCGCUGAGGGAGAUUUUGGAAAGGACAUAUCUAUUGGAGCUGUGAUGAUAGUCCAAAAGGUUGCAGUUUUUUGUCCUACACGUUUAGCACGUUAUCUCAACAUAACACUUAGUAACAUGGUCAAGGUCAUCACUAAGGAUGGCAGAGCUUCACCAGAACAAAAUUGUUCUGCUCGUGAUUUAACAGUAAAAAAUGCUGCUGUAGUUUCUGAUAUCACAGGACAGGGUGAAAGAUCACAGAUGACACAAAAUCUAUCGUUGUCACAAGGAAGAACUGAAGGAAUCAUGAAUAGUCUGAGACAACAUGCUAUGGCAGUUGCGUGCAUUGAUGAACAGAUGGAAGAAGAUGCACCGAUAAGAAGCAGAUGCCAUAGCAUUGGAAACAACAGAAAUGAAAAUGAUCUUCCAAUGGAAGAUCAUUUAUUGGCGAGACAGGAUUUGGAUAGUGGCAGAAGAGAAAGGGCUGUUGAACCAGACACCAGUGACAAUGACAAGGGAUCUGUGACAAGUGAGAAGCUAAACAAUUACAACAAAGCAGGCAUAGACCAUAUAUUGGAAGGUACUGAAUAUGGUACUGCUGCAGCAGACUCAGUUGGUGCCCUUGACAACCAAGAAAAGAGGAAUUAUAACGGAACUGAAGAUGGACAACCACCAACUUCAAGAGCUGCACUACCGCAAUGGACAGAUGAACAGCUGGAGGAGCUUUUUGCAUUUGAUUGAGUUGCUUUUGCUCCAAUUCUGACUAAUAUUUUGUUCACGUUUAGGAUUAACUGAAGUCAAAUUCGAAGUUUAAAGAUGUAUGUA